GCCGCCAUUUUGUGUGUGUACUGCGGCCGAGGAAUUGGAUGAGCCCGGGUCCCGGGGCUUGUCAUUAGGAAUUAGACGUGACAGUACCUUCUGCCUGCUGUAUUUGUUCCUAUCGGCGGCGCCAUCAUGUCCGAGACUACCAGCUUCGAGGAGCCUGUAACAUUUGAUGACGUUGCUGUGUAUUUCUCGGAGGAUGAGUGGAAUUUGCUAAAUGAUCAGCAGCGUGCUCUCUACAUGGAAGUGAUGAAAGACAACUACGAGCACUUCAUCUUUUUAGGUUAUGACGUUCCAGUGAUUUUAUCCUUGCUGCAAGAUGGAGGCAUGGCGUGUCCUGAGUCACAGCUGCGCAUCUCUUCGAUCACAGGAAGUUAUAAGGAGGGUGAAAAUGAUUUUAUCAUUGAUGAAAAAGAAGCUAUUGAUGCACAAAAUGACCAAAACAUGUCUAAAGGAAAAAAGAGAAAGAGAUCUGCAAAGAGUGUUACAUGGGAGGAUUCUGAUUGGCAGAAUGGCAUUGAAAGGAGUGACGAAGACUCAGCUGCCUCUUACAAUCAUGGUAGGAACCUGAGACAACGUCGGCAGUACUAUUGCUCUGAAUGUGAACGAUGCUUUAAACACAGUUCUGCGUUGGAGGCCCACCGCAGGGUGCACAAUGGUGAUAAACCUCAUCAAUGUGACAUCUGCAAGGUAAACUUUGGCUACAAGUCUGAACUCAUUGUACAUCGCAGACAACAUGUGCAGGCUUCAACAAGCAGAUCCCAGGAUGAAGAAAAUCAAUCUCCUAUAGUCGGUAAUCAGAUUCCAAAUCGUGCACCAGUUACAGCUCCAAUCAGGAGUGGUCCCUCUCCAAUUGUAAAUAGUCAAACUCCAAAUGCAAGUGGUCAGACAUCAAAUUGUGCUGUCAGAACAUUAUCUUCAAGUCCCAAGCCAGGGGCCACUUUUGUACCCGUAGGGGACAAGCCUCUUAAAUGCAACUUCUGUGAGAAGAGGUUUAAUGACCAAUCAAUCCUUGAAGCUCACCACCGAAUUCAUACUGGGAAACUUGCCUACCCUUGUACCAUGUGUGAGGAGAGCUUCUCAAAACCAUCACUGCUUGCUGCUCAUAAUAAUACACACAAAGAAGGCAAGCCAUAUCAGUGUGACCAGUGUGAUAAGAACUUCAAUGACCAGGCUCUUCUUGUUGCCCACAAGAGGACCCACACUGGGGAGAAACCGCACAAGUGCAGUCACUGUAAUAAAUGGUUCCCAAACCGGACCAGUUUGGUUGCCCACGAGGAGUGCCAUUUGAAACCCAAGCCAUACAAAUGCAAGCACUGUGAGAAAAGCUUCAAUGACAAAAACCUGCUCAUUACUCAUGAAGGUGUUCACACCGAUACCAAGCCCUUCAAAUGCACACAGUGCAAUGAAAGCUUCUUUUUGAAGACACAGUUGGUGUCUCACCAGGCCACACACGCCCCUGACAAGCCUUACCCUUGCAGCUUAUGUGAAAGGAGCUUUAACAAGAAGGAGACCCUACUGGCUCAUAUCAGAGUUCACAAUGUUCAGAGCGUACAGGUGCACAAGCCUCGAAAGCCGUGAGAUAACUAACAGGCAUUGUCUUGAAAUCUUAUUGAACUUUUAAGAUCUGAAUAAGUUUCUCAAGUUAUAUGAGAGAAACGUCCCUGCCUCUGGAUUUAAUACCUAUUCCCAUAUGUACUAAUACAUCUUUAAAAAACCUUUUAGUUCACUUUGGUGCAGGGUAUUUGUAUAUAUUUCUUCAGCUGACUUUCAGUUCUCUUGUGAUCACCUCUAUCCAUAUUGAAUAUGAGAGUUAAUAAUACAGCUACAUCACCUGUUUGUAUUAAGAAAUUUUGGUGAACAUUUGAGGAACACCUAUAUUCAAUGUAACGUUUGAUUUGUAGGCUUAAAAAAGUUGAGAAUGAACUCUUCUAAUACUGUUUCCUUGAGAAUUCAUUGGAUUUCACUGACUAGUAUUAGAGAACACACUUCUUUGCUGUUGAAAUCUAGCGAAAGCUUCAGUUAGCAUACAUAUAUAUUUUGUAGAGAGAUAUGAACUAAGUUUAGACAUCAUUUUAGAGCAGUAAGGAUCUAUUUGCUCCUUCACCCUUAUUGUAACAAGCAUGCCGCUCCCAUCUCCUUAUCAUAAAGCUGUAGCCAUCGUGCUGUCUGGAUGACAAUUGUGGAUAUUCAUCAGAGAGGGUCUUGUGGAGUCGUUCUGAAUAGAAAUAAAAUUGCCCUCCAAAUGGUGAAAUAUUAAAUGUACUUUUUUGUUUGUUUUUAAUUUUCUUUCCAAAGAAAUCUUAAAUAAAUGAUUCUCUUGUACAUAUUUAA